AAUAUUUAAAAUAUAUUAUAUAAAUUAUAAUAUAAUAUAAUAAUACAACUGAAUUUAUUAUUAAAAAUAUAAAACAAUGAAUGAUAAAGAUGUUUUUGCACGUAUGGACGUACAGGAAGAAGAAAAUAAAAAGCACCUGUACAUUUUUGGUACCGAUGUAGCAGCUAUACCAUGUUUUCGAAAUAGUUUUUUAUAUGGAAUUAGCACAGGAAUUGCUGGGGGUCUAGUUACAUUUCUGGGUACUUCUCGACCUCAAUUUUCAACACAUUGUGGAUUUGGAGCCUUCAUGGCUACUACGUUAUGUUAUUGGUUUUAUUGUAGUUACAAAUGGUCAAACAAUAGAUUUCAAGUUUUACAGCUUCAAAGCUUAAUGAGAAAGCAAGCAGUGUUUGAAGGCACGGAAUUGGAAAGAGAACUAUUAGCUAAGUUAAAUGAAAAACCAGAUUCAUGA